CGCGCCACCAAGAAGAUGGCUGGCAAUGGCAUCCCCCCACGACCACCAUGGUACUUGCCCCUGUUAAUCGAUGUCUCUAUUCAACUAACGGAAAACGAUCACAGAGCCUCCAAACGGUUACAUUACACCUUUUCUUCUCCUUUCUUUCAAAAUUCCAAGAAACCCCAAAAUUAUGAAGCAAUUCGGACCCGCGAAUUUCUCUUCCUCUGCUUUCGGACACCACCAACUCCCUGAAAUCGAAUAUCGUCCAUCCCCCGCAGACCUCGCAAGCCUAAUUGGGACAGAAAAGGAUCGAAGACGAGACAGAAAGGGUUGGGGGAAGGGGGGAUUCCCAAUGUACCCGUUUCUGGGUUCAUCUCAUUCUCAAUGACGACCAUUUUCGGAGGUGAUGCAACCACAUUUGAACUCAUGUAGGGCCGAUGCCCCUACCUUCUUCCAUAUCCCGAAUUGAAUUGAUCGAUCGCGUUUAUUGAGUCUUGGUCGAUUCUGGCGGGAUUUGGAGGUAAAUGGGUUGCAUUAACUCCAAAAAUUUGGUUGCCGGAGAUUCACCCUUGCGCUCGAAGGUGCGUACCAACAAUGGGUCCGCUAUUGUGGAACCUCCGUCCAAAUCCCGAUCGGGGACCUUGGCUUCUGCCGGUAAAGGGGAUCAAAAAUCGGAGGAUUGCAAUCGAGAUGGGAAGAAGUCCGGGAAGGAUAGCUCCAAAGGAAGCGGGAAUUUCAGUUUCAAGAUGGGGCUUUCACAUCGGUUGGUGGAAGCGGAGCUGAAUGCGGCUGGAUGGCCCCCUUGGCUCACAGCUGCUGCGGGCGAAGCUAUUCAUGGAUGGGUGCCCCUCAGAGCAGAUUCUUUUGAAAAAUUAGAGAAGAUUGGACAAGGUACAUAUAGCAGUGUGUUCCGAGCACGUGAAGUUGAAACUGGGAGGAUGUUUGCCCUGAAGAAGGUUCGGUUUGACAAUUUUCAGCCUGACAGCGUGAGGUUCAUGUCGAGAGAAAUUACAAUUCUUCGCAGGCUUGACCAUCCAAACAUUAUGAAACUGGAGGGUGUAAUUACAUCCCGACUAUCAAGUAGUUUAUACCUUGUGUUUGAAUAUAUGGAGCAUGAUCUUGCGGGACUAGUAUCAUGUCCUGACAUAACGUUCAAGGAUUCACAGGUGAAAUGUUACAUGAGACAACUACUGAGUGGAGUUGAGCACUGUCAUCUACGUGGUAUCAUCCAUCGAGACAUUAAAGUAUCCAAUAUAUUAGUAAAUAAUGAUGGUAUACUCAAGAUUGGCGAUUUUGGAUUGGCAAAUACAAUUAGCUCAGGUAACAAGCAUCCUUUGACCAGUCGCGUAGUGACUCUAUGGUAUCGUCCUCCUGAACUCUUGAUGGGAUCAACCAACUAUGGAUUAUCAGUGGAUCUAUGGAGUGUGGGUUGUGUAUUUGGGGAACUUUUUCUGGGAAAACCUAUCCUCAAGGGGAGAACUGAGGUUGAACAAUUGCAUAAAGUUUUUAAGCUUUGCGGUUCACCACCUGAUGAAUUCUGGAAAAAGUGCAAGCUUCCUCACGCAACAAUGUUUAAACCUCAGAUUGCUUACGAAAACUCUUUUUCGGAGAGGUUUCAAGAUAUCCCAGAAACUGCUCUAGCCCUAAUGAAGACUCUACUAUCCAUUGAUCCCCAUGAGCGUGGGACUGCUUCUUCUGCUCUGAUGUCUGAGUAUUUCAACACCAAGCCGCUUGCUUGUGAUCCCUCAAGCCUGCCAAAAUAUCCACCCAACAAAGAAAUGGAUGCUAAAAAUCGGGAAGAGGUUCGCAGGAAAAAGACAGGAGGUAAAGUGCAUGAGUCUGCGACAGCAAGAAAGCAAAGACGAGUCCGUAAAGUUCUACAAGAACCAAACAAUUUCAGUAACCCACUUUCAACUGAUGAAAAGCAGAACAAUUCUCAACAAGCUGUUAAAGACGAUGUUAAACCAAAUGUUAACAAGGGUAAAGGAGGAGCUAUGCAGCAGAAGGAGCCAUCAAAGCUUCCAACGGAAGCAGUGUCAGAGACCUACCAGAUCAAUGGCGUACCCCAUGGCUUUAGUAUAUUAACAGGGCCAGCACCAGCCUCAGGUGCUAGUGGCUUUGCAUGGGCAAAAAGGAGAAAACCAGAGGUUUCAUCCACAUUAUCAGAUGGUUCAAAAAGCAAAAUUAGCGCACUGGAUCCAACCUUUGCAAAAGGCACAUAUGAUUUAACCAGACAUAUGAUCGAUGUCGCAGAAAGACAAUAUAAGGACAACACAAGCCAUCACGCUCACACUAAUGCAUCUGAUACAAGUUCUAAUUUCUCAAUUGAUUCUACGGAAACGCCAGCCGGCACGACAAGUGCUCAGGGCCGCAAAAGACUUGGCAAUGAAAGCACACGCCCUGCAACCGGCAAAUCAAGGCUAGGAAGAUAAAUGAUGGAAUUUCAAGGAAAUUAGUUAAGCAAGCAUUGCCCAGCAUUUUAGCCAUGGGUGGACUCACUCACUGACUCGGGGUCAUCUGAACCAUUGUAAUGUCCGAUACUCCCUCCCGACCCUAUUCACUUACAGGAGUUAACUGUUUCAGCAUCUGUUUAUAUGAGGAGCAACCCUGACAUGUACAUUGCCCUUUUUCCAAUAUGGUGUAAUUUAAGAAAGAAUGGCUUACUUCUUAGUUUAGGAUUAUUAACUAUCUUACCUUCUUAAUCUCUCCUACUCA